CUGCUUUGGGAACUUGAGAGAGGGCCAAUUCACACUUCAGGUUGAAUGCGAGCCACACCCGAGAGGGGGAAGGCCAGGUGAGCUGGCCGAGGAAGGACUUCCGGAAGGCAUGGUGGCCUUGAAGUCUAGCGGGCACAGACCAGAACCAGUUAACUGCUUUGCCCUUGAGACCUGAAUGGGAAGCCACCAGUAGCUGCGGGCAGACAGCGCUGCUGAAUCCUGCAACCUGGAAGAUCAGCGCGGCUGGCUCUCCUGCCACGCCCCCAGGCCUUUGACCCUAUCCUAGUCCCUCCCCUGUCUUCUGGAGACACCUUUGACCGGUGAUAUCAUUGGGUCUGUCCCAGCGCAGACCUGGCCCGAGGCUGAGGCUGGGAUUCCUGGAGGCUGCCAUGUUCUCCCUGCCUUCCCUCUCCUCCUGGCUCCCCAACCUCCCUUCCUUUGAGUGGGGUUCCAAUCUCUUCGACAGCCUCCUGCAAGGCCUGAUCGGGGCCCUUGGAGUCUCGGUUCUCAACAAUCUCCUGAAAGUUUACUUCUUCGUGGCCUGUGUCAAUGACCCCCAGCGGCAGCCCCAAAAGCAGCGGCUGCAAACGCAAUGGGCCUCAUUGGAGAUGGUGCAUCUGGCUGGUCUGGCUCUGUUCCUGACCAUGAUAGGGGCCCGGGUCGCCGCCCUUGUGGUCUUGGAGUUCUCCCUCCGGGCUGUGUCCACACUGUUGUCCCUGGGCAAGGGCUCCCAGGACAAGGAGCGGCUCCAACUCUUCCUUGUGUCUCAGUUCUCCCUGGGCUGCGGGCUAAGCUGUGGCCUGAGCUUCCUUCAGGAAGGCGCCCCACACCGCUCCUUGAACCUGCUGCUGAGCCUGGGGCUGGCUACACUCCUCGGCCUGGGUGCCCGGCGCCUAAACCGUCACAUCUGCAGCCUCUACGAACUGCACAGCAGCCAGCGCUACUGUGGGGUCUGCUUGGGCCUGCUGGCCAGCCAGCAUGCCAUGCCCAGGUUCCUGGGCCGGGCUCUGGGAGUGGCUUUUGCUGUGAGUGAUCUAGCAGCUGUGGCCCUCAUCAACAAGGAUUUCCUGAGCACAUCAGAGGCCGUGCGAUUCUGGACCCCACUCACCAUUUGCUACACGCUGCUGGUCAUCUACAUGCAGGAGGAGCAGCGGCAGCAUCGCUUCAGCCUACAGGGCCAGGUCCAGACGGUACUGGUGCGCAUGAGUGGCCUUUUUGUUCUGCUGAUGACCGUGGGCCGCUGGCUGGACCUCCUGGGUGUCUUUGUCUCCCUUUUGGGUGAGCUGUGGAGCUUAUCAGGUAUUCGCGCCUUAAUCGACCUCUGUCAGAUACAGGUAGGUACCUUUAUGAACACCCCAGCUUCCCAUCCUGUUCCCAAGGGUCCUAGCACCCCCAGAGGCCUAAUUUUGACAAGGGGCGGGAAGGUAGUUGUCAUUGAGAUCAUUAGGCGUGGGGAGCUGGGUGCUUGGGACCAACUCCAGCUGGCAACCCAGGGGUCCCAGAGAGUAGGAAGGUCUUGAUGAUAAGAGACCUGAGACUAAGGGAUGUGUCCCUUCUGACCCUCCCCCAGGGCUUUCCACCCCAGAGGCCUACAGUAACAGCAGCAGUAACAGCAGGAGGAGAAUAAUGACGGACAGGUCCAUGCGAGCCCCGGCCUUCCACACUUGCCCCAGGCAGAAGCACGGUCCC